AUGAACGAGCUGGUGCGGAGCUUGCCGUCCCCGAGCCUCCCGGGGCUCCACCUGCCGUGCGCGGGCACCUACAAGGGCUGGCUCUUUAAAUGGACCAACUACCUGAAGGGCUACCAGAGGCGCUGGUUCGUCCUCAGCAACGGCCUCGUGUCCUACUACAGGACUAAGGCAGAGAUGGGACACACUUGCCGGGGCACCAUCCCCUUGGCCACAGCGCACAUCGAGGUGGGUGACACCUGCCACAUGGUGUUGACCAGCGGAGGCCGAAGCUACCACCUGAAGGCCACGUCUGAGGCAGAGUGUCAGCGCUGGGUGUCAGCUAUGGAGGAAGCCAAGGCCAACGCCACGCUCUUGAUGCCUCACUCAGAUGACUCAGGAGAUGAAGGCCCCGUACCUCAGGAGGACCGUGCCCUAACCCAAGGGGUGCUCAAGACUCUGGCCGGCAAGCUGGACGACCUGAGCACCUGCAACGAGCUGAUUGGAAAGCACGGCGCCGCUCUCCAGCGUUCCCUCAGCGAGCUCGAGGAGCUGCGUGGAUCCGUAGACAGCCCGGACCGAGUGAAAGCUGUGAACGAGCGAGCCACCCUGUUCCGCAUCACCUCCAAUGCUAUGAUCAAUGCUUGUCGGGAUUUUCUGGACGUAGCAGAAUCUCAGAGCCGGAGGUGGCAGAAGGCCCUGCAGCAUGAGAGAGAACAGCGCCACCAUCUGGAGGAGACCAUCGAGCAGUUAGCCAAACAGCACAACAGCUUGGAGAGAGCCUGGAGAGAGAAUCCCACCUCGUACACAGGUGUGGCUAGGUCUCAGGAGGGGGAUGCAAGUGAUGAGAAUGAUGACGCAGAGUUCUUCGAUGCCAUGGAGGACUCCACUGGAUUCAUAACCGUGACAGCCAGCGACAACGUACAGCACAAGCGCUCGGGGAGUAAUCAGAGUAUGAUGAGCGGAGGAGUGCCCAAUGACUGGACUCACAAUGAGAAUGAGACAUCCGGCACAAACCAGGUUCAGCUUCGAAGAACAAGACGCAGCCGUAUUCCUGACAAACCAAAUUACUCCCUCAAUCUCUGGAGCAUCAUGAAGAACUGUAUUGGCAAAGACCUGUCCAAGAUACCAAUGCCUGUAAACUUCAACGAGCCGCUUUCGAUGCUGCAGCGUCUGACCGAGGAUCUGGAGUACAGCGAUCUCCUGGACCGAGCAGCUCGCUGCGACUCCACCCUGGAGCAGAUGUGCCUGGUGGCGGCCUUCUCUGUCUCCUCGUACUCCACCACAGUCCACCGCACAGCCAAGCCCUUCAACCCUCUGCUGGGGGAGACCUACGAGCUGGACCGACUGGAGGAGUACGGUUACCGCUCCGUUUGUGAACAGGUGAGUCACCACCCACCAGCCGCCGCCCACCACGUGAUGUCACAGAAGGGAUGGACGCUGUGGCAGCACAUCACCAUCGACAGCAAGUUCCGUGGGAAAUAUAUUUCUGUCGUGCCAUUAGGAAACAUACACCUGCAGUUCCACUCAAGUGGAAACCGCUAUGUGUGGAGCAAAGUGACCUCAACGGUGCACAACAUUAUUGUGGGAAAACUUUGGAUUGAUCAGUCGGGGGACAUUGACAUUGUGAACACCACCACCAAGGAAACCUGCCGUCUCAAAUUCUCCCCCUACAGCUACUUCUCCAGAGAUGUCCCACGGAAAGUGACAGGCGUGGUCGAGGAUAGGGAGGGCACGGCUCAUUACAUCUUGUCAGGGACCUGGGACGACAAGAUGGAGAGUGCCAAAAUAGUGGACAGCAGCAAAGGCUGUGGUGGCUCUGAAGGCAAACAGAAGACGGUUUAUCAGACGCUUCAGCCCAAACUCCUCUGGAAGAAAUACCCUCUCCCAGACAAUGCAGAGAACAUGCACUUUUUCUCCUCCCUGGCUUUGACUUUGAACGAAGAGGAGGAGGGGGUUGCACCCACUGACAGUCGUCUGCGGCAGGACCAGCGGCUAAUGGAGGCCGGUCUGUGGGAUGAAGCCAACAUCCAGAAGCAGCGACUGGAGGAGCGUCAGAGGGUGGAGAGGAAAAAACGUGGCGUGCAAGCCAAUCAGGCACUGGAGGAGGGGCAACAAGACAUCGAGGGCUACGAGCCACUGUGGUUUCAGAAGAGGACAGAUGACACAACGGGAGAAAAUACUUACACCUACAGGGGCGGCUACUGGGAAGCCAAAGACAGCCAGGACUGGACCCAAUGCCCCGAGAUUUUCUAAAAGACAAAUUGUUCCCUUUCACCACAGCAUCAAAUCUGCUGAGUGGUUCCUUCUGAUGUGAGGAAUCUCUGUGAGUUAUGUGUGUGUUUGUGUGUGUGUGUGUGUGUGUGUGUGUGUGUGUGUGUGUGUGUGUGUGUGUGUGUGUGUGUGUGUGUGUGUGUUUGUGUGUGCCCUUGUGUGUGACUGUGUGUGUGUGUGCACAGCUGCAGAAUUUCCUGCACAAAGCUCCAACUCCAAGUGACUGAUCUACUUUAUCCCUUCUGUUAUAGCUUGUGUUUACAUAAUGCAGGGCCUCACUUCAGCAGAGAGUUCUUUAUGUGUGUGUGAAUGUGCGUGUGAGGCUGUAAAGAAAACUUCCAGUUCCUGGUGUGAGAGUAUGUGUAAGGGAAUAACCUAGGGGGCAAGGAGUGCUGCAAAUGUUUUGGUACAAGAACUGAAUGUCUUGUUCUCCUCGAAGCUGGAACACGAUCCUCACGCUGGGCUGCGCCAGAGACAUAAAACUUUGAAUGGACCGCUGCAGGAUGAAGCAUUGUUUAUGUGCAGAGAAGGAUUUUUUCACAGCUGAACUUCAUUCACUGAUCCAACUGAUCCUUGGAGAUUUUUUUUUUUACUAGUCUAUUUCUUAAAAUUGCACAAACUGUAUUUUCAAGGAUUUGCAGUUACAGUCGGCUGUGACAGGCUGGAGAGCAGCUUCUUUGUAAUGAAACCCAAAGUAGACAUCUUUCUCUUUGGAUGGACAACGGAUGACAAGACCAUGUUGUUUUACAGGUACGGCUGCACAUCAUUUCAAACCUGCUUAAAGGGGACAUUUUUCCAGGGUUUGGACACUCAGGCUGAGUUGCACAGAAUUUAUUGGAGCUUGAUGCAUAUUAUUGACAUAAUGUCCUGAACCUCUGCUGCAGCAGUUUCCACGACUUUUCCUGCAGCACUAAACCACUUCUAAUAUCUCAGAGACUCUACCAUAGGAGUUCCACUGAAGUAUAAUCUGCUAAACCAGGGGGAUUUUCUCCAGCCAGGGAUUAUACUGCUGUUUGGUGCUUGUUGGUAAUUUUAGCCUUAAUUAUGUAAUAAAGUAGCAAAACCCUGUGAACAUGUUCUCUGAGAUUUGGAGCAGAUUAUUGCAGUCGGACAGACAAUGAUUUCCUUUGAAGGCACUUACAUGUAUUUUUCAGGGUGAAUUUCAUUUUAUUUUUACUCAGAAUAUCAGGGUUUAUCAUAUAUCAAGUGACAACAAACAUAUUCUCUCUAAUUAAAAACACUCAGAAUUGGCUGGUUUUACUAUUACAACUUUUGUAAUAGUAAAACCACACAUGAGAAGAAAAUACUCCCAAGUCAGAAAGGUGUUUUAUGCAGCACAUGUCAUAUAGUAGAAGUGUCAUUUAGCUGAAUCAUAGUUCUAAAUCAGUCCAGAGCCAGAAAACUAUUAAGAGAAAGUUUAGCAGAACAUUAGCUCAGAUUUUGUGUGCUGAUAAACACUGUACAUAAGUAGUUAAUAUGCAUUCUCUUAAUAAACAAUAAUAAGCUGUU